AUGAAGACCAACGUGCUUUCAUCGGUGGCACUCCUGGCCAUGCUGGGGCUGUCGGCCGCACUUCCUCAAGGCACUAGAGAUCUCAAGAGAGUCAUCCGGCCUGACGACGUUGUUGCCACUGACGACUCAAGGAAAGAAGCCAACGAGGUGCCGCAAGUUGUGGUUUACGUUAACGAAGAAGGGACACUAUUGACGACGACUACCGAGGCGGUCAGGUUAGAACUUAUGUCAAGGGCGAUCAGCCGCGCGCCGAUUGCUCCGGACCUCGAGUCAAGGUCCGAGGCUGCUUCUUCCCGAGCAUUGAACUCUAACCCGGAUCUCGGUUCUCCGUCCGCCUUGCCUGUUUCGACGACAUCAGCUUCUGCUUCACUGUCGUCUCAAUCAUCAUCCUCAUCAUCCUCUUCCUCGUCACCGUCGGCGUCAGCGUCAUCGAGUCUACACGGCGUUGCUUAUGCGCCCUAUACCGCGACAGGUGAUUGCAAGUCAGCCGCACAGGUUGAGGUCGACUUUGCUGAACUUAAAGGGAAGUACUCCAUUGUUCGCACAUACGGUACCGAUUGCGACCAGGUUGCGAAAGUGUUGUCUGCGGCCAGAAAUACCGACCUAAAGCUUUUUCUGGGCUUGUUUGACAUUGGCUCCAUCGAGCAACAAGUCCAGACUAUCAUGUCGGCUGUCAAAGGUGACUGGUCUUCCAUUGAUACUAUCAGCGUUGGCAACGAGCUGGUAAACAAUGGGAAGGCCACGGCACAGGAAGUAAUCACUGCUAUGGGCCAGGCACGGCAGCUGUUGCGGGCUGCUGGCUAUAAGGGACCCGUUGUCACUGUCGACACUUUUGUGGCAGUACUGGCCAACCCUUCGCUGUGCGAUCUAUCAGAUUACUGCGCCGUGAAUAUCCACCCUUUCUUCGACGCUAGCACAGCGGCGAAAGAUGCUGGGUCGUUUGUGGCUAGUGUGGUGAAUAAGGUACAGGCAAAACUUUUGGACCGCGGCAAACGAGUUGUAUGUACAGAGACGGGCUGGCCAUGGCAGGGGGACAGCAACGGUGCGGCGGUGCCUGGUAUUGACGAACAACGGCUUGCGGUUGACUCGAUCAAGAAGGCGUAUGCGAGCCAUCCGGGUGAUGUGAUUCUCUUUUCAGCGUUCAAUGACCUUUGGAAGCACUCAGAGGCGAGCACUUUCCAUGCAGAGCAGUAUUGGGGUAUUGGGGGGCUCUACUCGGACUCUGGCAAGUAA